UGUAAUUGUGUUGUUCAUUAGCUUUGGAGUUCGCCUUUUGUGUUUUUUCCCCCAAUUGGAUGUGUCGAAUGCAAAGCGAUUCCCAGGAGGGCAGAACGUGUGGAUGACUGCCUUUCUUACCAUGAUAUCAGGUUUUCUAAUGGAUCUAACAAAAGCACACAAUGAAUGUUUCUGUACCCGAAUGCGAGCGGAAUCACAAGCCAAAGCAGUAAGACGCAGGCGGGUCAGAGGCCCAGAGCUGCAGUGAGCGAGGAAAGCGACAUUUUCCUCCAUGUCCCCGAAUCACAUCAUGCUGCUGAACAGCUUGGAUUCAUCCCUUCCAGCAUCACGGCGGCGGUAGGAUCCGGAAUGGACAUUUUGUCACAGGGACGGUUCGAGUCCCGCCCAGCCGCCUGGAUGCAGUCAGCAAGGCCACUGAUCAAGGAUUCGCAGUGGUCCUUAAGUUGCCGAACAAGUCGCCGGUAUAUUGUCGAGAUAUCAUGGGGAUACUGUAGAUCCGGCCGAAGUCCAGUGGAGCUGCGGACUUGGACUGCCACGAACGCCGGGCUCUGGCGUCAUUGUCCGCAGUCGCAAGCCGUGGCGGACAGCAGGUCGGUCAAUGAGGGACUGGAAAACUGGAAACGCGAGAUCCGGGAAGGGCUGGGUGAUUACUGCUUUCGGGGCAGUCUUGUACCGGUGCAGGGUCUUGUGGUCGUGGUGCCAACUGCGCUGCUGCUGCUGCUGGCGCAGUGACUCAUAUUCUGGCUUUUGCAAGAGUCCAGCCCCUGGCAUAACCAGCAAGUGCGCGGGAAAAGACGGCGGCCAGGAUUGCCGUUGUGAAUUGUGCACGCGAUCCAUUGGGCUGGCUGGAGCUUGGUACGGGCUAAACCGCAAAGCGAAGGAAUGAAUAGGCUUGGGCGUGAGCAUCUGACCUGUCAAGAUAUGUUCUCGGGUUCGUCAUGGUCAAUCGUGGAGUAAGGUAAUACGUACGUAGGGUAAUACCUGGUGGAUUCCCCCAUGG